CCUGAGCUCCCUGAUAGGUUUAUCAGGAAGAGAAAACUGCAUUUAUUAGCGCCUUGUGCAUGAAGUGACGAGGAGCUCCUCUCAUGACACCACAGGCACAGCAGAGCUCCUUUUCCCAGAUGGUUUUGCGCAGAACCCUCCUCACAUUAGUGUCCUCUCAUCUGUGAGGCGACCGCCGCCUCCCUGUGAUUACAUGGUCACCUCAACAGCACUGCGGACACAGACCGCUGAUCAUGCCAAGUGCACUGAUUUGAGACCAGCUUUGACUUCAGAGGCGCAUCGCCGCUGUUGGGGAACGCACGGCUCAUCUCCUGGAGAGGCUUUCUGCAACAAUUUGUUGCAAACGUUGUAAGGGGCGAAGUCAUGGUGCCGGUACCGCAUCGGCUCCCCAUGGCACCGUGAGAACUUUCUUCCUGACUCCCUCCUUCUCCCCCUUCCUUUUGUUUUAGAUGUUUGUCAGCGGGAUCGUGCUUCUUUGGGAAAUUGUCCACCGUUUCCCCUUUCCAUUAUGUUCACUUUUGCUGCCUUCUGCUACAUGCUGUCUCUGGUCCUCUGUGUGUCCCUGAUCUUCUUUGCAAUAUGGCACAUAACAGCUUUUGAUGAGCUCCAGGCUGACUUCAAGGUGCCGAUUGAUCAGGGCAAUCCACUCCAUGCGAGGGAGAGACUGCGGAACAUCGAGAGGAUCUGCAACCUGCUGAGGAAGCUGGUGCUACCAGAGUACUCCAUCCAUGGGCUUUUCUGCAUCAUGUUCCUGUGUGCCCAGGAGUGGCUAACUGUGGGCCUCAACAUUCCCCUGCUCUUCUACAACACAUGGAGGUACUUCCAUUCCCCAACGGACACUAAGGAGCUGCUCUACGACCCGGCAUCCGUGAUGAACGGUGACACGCUCAAGUUCUGCCUGAAGGAGGCCUGGUGCAAGCUAUCCUUUUUUGUCCUCUCCUUCUUCUACUAUCUCUACUGUAUGAUCUACUCCUUGGUUACCUCAUAACAACUGAUAUAUCAGCAACUGGAGAGACACAAAAAAAGACCUCUGGAUACGCAAACCGCAGUUGUCUCAGUCGAGAAUUGAAAGACAUGAUAUUUAAAAGUGAUGAAGAGAAAGAAAAAAACUUUUCAUUUGCUGUGAAGCCAAACAAUGAACUGGAUGGAGAUCGAAGCUUCUUUUCCGCUUCACCGGGUUUUAUGCUGAACUGUACAUAAAAACUGAAGACUGACACACCUGUUUACAGUUUGACUGGUCAUAGAAAGACCCAAAUUAAUCACUGCCUGGCCAACGUUUGUACCACAAACACACACGCGCUCGCACACACACAUAUAUAGAGACAUCCACAGCCUCCUCUGGAGUGCUACCACACUUACUGUACAGUAGCAGCGCCGGUAGUCCAGAGGACGAAUAGCACAGUAGCAUUUGCACAGUUUGUCUCAGGCACAGCAUGGUGAAGCACUGUCCAGCCCAGCACAGCUCGCUGAGCCCUCAGUCAUUCCCCCUCAACGCCUCACCAACUGUAGCUUCGCCGGUGAGUCAGACAAGAGGGAUAGACGGACCACACUGUACAGAAAAGAAACACCAGAGCAGCCACUUCCCAAUAUUUUCCCCCAGAUGGCACAUACAGCCCCAUGGCCUGUGGGUUUUCUUUCUAACAUUACGUGAAUGGCUUUCGUGAUGUGUGCAUUUUGGUGUAUUCUUUAACAAAAGGCAUUUCUAAUUGAAUUACGGUCUACAGCAAACGGUAUCCUAUACAGCAAAUGCCUUCUUAGUGUUGUCCUAGUGUCGUUCUAUUGUGGGAAACUUUUCUAGAACUCGAAACUAAAAACUGACACCUGUCCAAGCUUUUAUAGUAGAGGAGCACACAUUCUUUGCACAGAUAGUAUCUUUGAUCUUGCACAAUAUUUGCAAUAUUUGGCUAUAUAUUAGAGAAGGUUUAUAAUAGUCUAGGUACACAGGUGAAGGUCUUCCAACAUGACAAGAAUUAUCCAGCCCUAUUUGAAGAUGGGGAGACAAUGUGAAUAUUUUCUAGUUCGAUUUACACCAUGGACCAAAAUGUUGUCUUUUCAGUAUUUAAACUGAUUUAUUUAUGUCUAUUUGUGAGAUACAGAUGGCUUGCCUCCAUGUUCUACUUUAAAGGAAAGACUAUUUUCUGAUGUAUCCACUCCAUGACAAGUCAGAAUGACUGAGUGAAUAAAGCCGAAGACGUGAAAGGUGCCAAACAUGAAUCUGUCUUUCUCUACGAUUUGACUGUAGCAGAUGGUAAACACACAUAACGAGAAAGUGUCUGAGCUGUCAAAGGUCAGCCUCAGCUACAAAUCGUCAUCUCUGCAGUUGCAAGGAAUUCAGUGUUGUGCUCACAGAGGCUUCGGCAGGGCAGGCGCUUCAACCUGCAUCUUCCACGUGUAGCACAGUUUUCUAACCAUCGGGCUGCUCUUUAGCUCUUUGCCAUCAUCUUCACACGAUGGAGCCGCUACUCAAGGAGCAGAUAGGAAUGCCCACUACUUGUUGUUUUCUCUCAUUCUAAUUCAAGCAUUUUCUAUCCUUACUGUGUAUGUGACCAAGUUGAAUUUCGAUAUUGUUUAUG